AUGUGCCCGUGGCCGCUGAGCCCGGAGCUGGCGCACGGCCCCGUGCAGCCCCACGCCAGCGCCUCCUUGCAGUGGCUGCAUCGCCGCGACCAGCACUUCCAUCUGGCCAAGGCCCGGUUCGAGUGGGCUGCGGAGGAGGGCGGCAGCUGGACCGAGCUGGGCAGGCCGUGGGCGGAGGCUGCCCGGCAGGGCUGGGGCGUCAGGGACAGCCGGGAGCCCGGGUGGGCUGUACCACGUCGUGGAGCGGGGCAGCAGGAGGACGGGUGCAGUUGCCGGCACUGCCGGCCGCAACUGUGCCACGCGGUGUGCGAUGCCCGCGGAUGCUGCUGCCGCGGCUGCUGGGCCACGACAGAAGUCCCGGGGGGGCCCCGCAGCAGGGACGGGGGCCACGGCUGCAGCGCCGCCUUUCCCUGCUGCUGCCCCGAGCCAGCCUGCGCGGUGGCCUCCCACCACGGCAGAGGCCCUGGCAGAGCUGGCACCGGGGGGCCGCCACGCGCCUGGGGGUGGGUCGAGAGGUACCCCAGCGACCCCCCCAGCCUGCUCCCUGGCCCCCACGCGGCCACCCCAGCACCCACGCGGGUGCACCCCAGCCUCAGCACCCUGUGCCUGCCGGCCCACGCCUGGGACCACGGCCCUGACCACGCGCCCGGGAGGCCACGCCAGCGAGACCACGACUCCCCACCUUGGCCUGGCCGGAGCUGCCCACGGGAGCCGGAGCCCGCGCCGAGCCCGCUGGGCUGCCAGGUGGGUGUGGGGCCACGCUCCCCCGGCCUGGCCCAGGUCCCAGCGGGGAGGGUCUCUCCGAGCCUCGGCACCGAGGAGCCAGGACCCGCUCCCGGGUGGACGGCGGACACAGGGACAGGCCGGCUCAGCCGGAGCCCCGGCUCCCUGGACACCGGUCCCCACUGA